GAGGAGGGUGGAGCCGCUGGCGCGCCCCCUCCCUCGGGGCCGGCGGGCAGCAGAGGCGGCGGCAGAGGCGGCGGCGGGCGCACGGGGAGAGAGAGCGGCUGCCCACCCCGCUUCCGCCCGGGUUCGGCUGCCGCGUCCCUGCCCGGCCCGGCACACACCUGCCCGGAGUUUCUUGUAGCCCCAGAAUCUGCACCGAAGCCUGGUGCCCCUCCUCGACGUGCGUGCGAACCUGAGCCCAGCCCUCCUCCCCGCAGCUUCGGCCCGCGGGACCAUGCGGGGGAGACCGGCCGGCAGCCCCGAGGCCCCUCACCUCCCGUAGCCCAGAUCACCAAGGCUCAGUAGCCGUGGCCGGGGCGCCAUGGAGACCCCGUAUUCCAUGACGGCGCACUACGAUGAGUUCCAGGAGGUCAAGUACGUGAGCCGCUGUGGCCCGGGGGGCGCCCGGGGGUCCUCCCUGCCCCCCGGAUUUCCACUGGGCGCGGGGCGCAGCACCCCUGGGGCUCGGACCAGCCUGCCGCGCUGGAACCGACGCGAGGUGUGCCUGCUGUCGGGGCUGGUAUUCGCCGCCGGUCUAUGCGCCAUCCUGGCGGCUAUGCUGGCGCUCAAGUACCUGGGCCCGGGCGCGGGGGGCGGCGGCGGGGACCCCGAGAGCUGCCCAGAGCGCAAGGCCUUCGCGCGCGCCGCCCGCCUGCUGGCCGCCAACCUGGACGCCAGCAUCGACCCGUGCCAGGACUUCUACUCGUUCGCGUGCGGCGGCUGGCUGCGGCGCCACGCCAUCCCCGACGAUCGGCUGACCUACGGCACCAUCGCGGCCAUCGGCGAGCAGAACGAGGAGCGGCUGCGGCGGCUGCUGGCGCGGCCCGCGGGAGGCCCGGGGGGCGCAGCGCAGCGCAAGGUGCGCGCCUUCUUCCGCUCAUGCCUGGACAUGCGGGAGAUCGAGCGGCUCGGGCCGCGGCCCAUGCUCGAGGUCAUCGCCGACUGCGGCGGCUGGGACCGGGGCGGCGCCGCCGAGCGCUGGGACCUCAACAGCCUGCUGUUCAAGGCGCAGGGCGUGUACAGCGCGGCCGCGCUCUUCUCGCUCACUGUCGGCCUGGACGACAGGAAUUCCUCGCGCUACGUCAUCCGCAUCGAUCAGGACGGGCUUACCCUGCCCGAAAGGACCCUGUACUUGGCUCAGGAUGAGGAGAGUGAGAAGGUGCUGGCCGCCUACCGUGUGUUCAUGGAGCGGCUUCUCAGCCUGCUGGGCGCCGAUGCUGUGGAGCAGAAGGCUCGGGAGAUUCUGCAGCUGGAGCAGCAGCUGGCCAAUAUCACCCUCUCUGAGUACGAUGACCUCCGUCGAGAUGUCAGCUCUGUGUACAACAAGGUGACACUGGGGCAGCUGCAGAAGAUCACGCCCCAUCUGCGGUGGAAGUGGCUGCUGGACCAGAUCUUCCAGGAGGACUUCUCAGAGGAAGAGGAGGUGGUGCUGCUGGCCACAGACUACAUGCAGCAGGUGUCCCAGCUCAUCCGUUCCACUCCCCGCAGGAUCCUUCACAACUACCUGGUGUGGCGAGUGGUGGUGGUGCUGAGUGAGCACCUGUCCCUGCCCUUCCGGGAGGCGCUGCACGAGCUGGCCCGCGAGAUGGAGGGUGGUGACAAGCCUCAGGAGCUGACCCGCAUCUGCCUGGGUCAGGCCAACCGCCACUUUGGCAUGGCACUUGGCGCCCUCUUCGUCCAUGAGCACUUCUCUGCUGCCAGCAAAGCCAAGGUGCAGCAACUGGUAGAAGACAUCAAAUACAUCCUGGGUCAGCGGCUGGAGGAGCUGGACUGGAUGGACGCUGAGACCAAGGCGGCAGCCAGGGCCAAGCUCCAAUACAUGAUGGUGAUGGUGGGGUACCCUGACAUCCUGUUGAAGCCUGAGGCUGUGGACAAAGAGUAUGAGUUCGAGGUCCACGAGAAGACCUACUUCAAGAACAUCCUGAACAGCAUCCGCUUCAGCAUCCAGCUGUCAGUCAAGAAGAUUCGGCGCGAGGUGGACAAGUCCACGUGGCUGCUCCCUCCACAGGCGCUCAAUGCCUACUAUCUACCCAACAAGAACCAAAUGGUCUUUCCCGCGGGCAUCUUGCAGCCCACACUGUACGACCCCGACUUUCCGCAGUCUCUGAACUUUGGAGGCAUUGGCACCAUCAUCGGGCAUGAGCUGACCCAUGGCUACGACGACUGGGGGGGCCAGUACGAUCGCUCAGGCAACCUGCUGCACUGGUGGACUGAGGCCUCCUACAGCCGCUUCCUGCGCAAGGCCGAGUGCAUUGUCCACCUCUAUGACAACUUCACUGUCUACAACCAGCGGGUGAACGGGAAGCACACGCUGGGUGAGAACAUCGCAGACAUGGGUGGUCUCAAGCUGGCAUACUACGCCUAUCAGAAGUGGGUGCGGGAGCACGGCCCGGAGCACCCCCUGCACCGGCUCAAGUACACACACAACCAGCUCUUCUUCAUCGCCUUUGCCCAGAACUGGUGCAUCAAGCGGCGCUCCCAGUCCAUCUACCUGCAGGUGCUGACUGACAAGCACGCGCCCGAGCACUACAGGGUGCUGGGCAGUGUGUCUCAGUUUGAGGAGUUCAGCCGGGCCUUCCACUGCCCCAAGGACUCGCCAAUGAACCCUACCCACAAGUGCUCCGUGUGGUGAGCACGACUGUCUGCCCACUCUCACCCCUGCACGAAUGGCCUGGCCGGGGCAGGCAUGGACCCGGCUCUGGCCCUCUUGGGAGCACCCCCUGCGGCCCCCACCUCCAGAGGAGCCAGAGCAGGGAUGCAUGGGGACUCUCCCUGGGAGCCUGGUGGGGACCCCAUGCCCUCCAGCUCCCCUGGCUGUAUUCUUGCUGCUAAGUCUGGCCAAUAAAGCUGCUUUACUGUU